AUGCCAACUAGUCUACGCGACCUCUCGCCAUUCAAGGGUAAACCCCUCUGGGAGCCCGACGACGAUGAAUGGGCCGAGCUAGACGCUACUCAAAUCUCCUCCACUUUCAAAGCGACCUUCAAAGAACCCAGCCAACGCAGUCCGCAAAAGUCGACCAACACCAGCACUCUAUCCCGCUUCAGCGCCACACUGACAUCCCUCCUCCCCUCGUCUCCCACAAAACGCGCUUCCGAUGCCCUCCUCCGCGAAGAAGAAGCCCUGCGAGACAGACUGGAAGAACUGCAGAACACAUACUACUCCAACCCUGCCGGCGACAUUUGCGACAAAGUCAUGAACUCUGUCUUCCUGCCCGGCUCCCAGUACUUCCACUGCGACCAGAGCAGAGAUUCUGUCCGCAGCCCCCACGUCAUCAACCUAGAAGCGUAUUUCAACAGUCAAGACACGCUGGUACAAGCGGCUUACCCGCGUCUCAGCGACGCCAUCGCCACCAUCCUCAGUCACACGAACAAGGAGUGUGUAGAAGCGUUCCUAGACCCACGAGUGGAGGAGUUCGUGUACAGAAGGGAGGUGGAGAGGAAUAAAGCAGGGAGUAUCUUUGUGAUUAGGAGAAAAGGCAAUACCGUCAUCAUACAACAGGCAGGCUCCUACCGCAACCUAGGCUUCUCACUCUCCUGGACCCUCUACGUCAAAGCCGUGAUCGGCGCAACAGGACUAUGGUACGACACCUAUGCUUCGCCCGUGGCAGGCUCGACACCAAUCGUCGAUGGCGUACCAGCUUGGGAUACUUUUGUACCUAUUGGGACUGAAGACCCAUGUCUCUCUCUCCAACUAUCACCCGAAAUCACCCAACCCAACAUAUCGCCCCGCAAGAUCAUCUUAGCCAGUCCUGUUCCGCGCAAGGAAGAUAUGGUAGAGGAAGACGACGAGAUCAUUCCUACGAAUGAGAAGUUUGUGCUGUAUCAGAGCAGGACGCUUGCGAGGUAUCUGUUGAGGGAUGUCUGGAUUAGGCUUGAGGGGCGGUAUGAGUGUAAGGCUACGUGGGAGGUUGAUGGGGUGGGGAGGGAGGUCAGGCUGAGGAGGGCGUUGGUGGGGUUUGGAGAUGAGGAUGAUGAGUAG